GCAAAUCCUUGCAGGCGGCGAGCGAAGUGAAGCGAAACAUGCCAGGGCCGCACAAACGUCGACCGAGGUCGUCCGCCGAAGCCGAAAGACGAGACGACAAGGACGCUUCGCGCGACGGCCCCACGCUGCUUCCCAGACUGCUGGCCGCAGGAUUUUACGGACUCACUUCUUUUGUCAUCGUCGUCGUGAACAAAAGCGUCCUCAGCGGCUACAGAUUUCCCUCAUCGACGUGUGUUGGCAUCGGUCAAAUGCUGGCGACGGUGUUGGUUCUGAGGCUCGGCAAAACGCUGGCUGUCGUUUCAUUUCCGGAUAUGGACCGGAGUAUACCACGCAAGAUGUUCCCCCUGCCUCUCCUCCACGCGGGGAAUCAGAUAUCCGGACUGUUUGGGACUCAGCGACUGAAUUUACCCAUGUUUACAGUUCUGCGCAGGUUCAGCAUCCUCUUCACCAUGCUGUGUGAACGCACCUUGCUCGGGCAAGCGUACUCGACGGCAAUCGAAACCACCGUGUUCACGAUGAUCUUUGGCGCUCUGAUAGCCGCCAGCGCCGACCUUGCGUUUGACCUUGAGGGCUACGUAUUCGUGAUGGUGAACAACGCGCUGACAGCAGCCAGCGGCGCUUACGUCAAGCAGAAACUGGAUGCCGAGGACUUGGGCAAAUUUGGACUUCUCUACUACAAUGCCCUGAUCAUGAUUUUACCCGCGGUGGCGUACGCAUACUGCACCGGAGAUGUGAAAAAGAGUUUGGAGUAUGACGGAUGGUCCGACCAGCUGUUUGUUGUGCAAUUUGUCCUCUCCUGCGUCAUGGGAUUCAUAUUAAUGUACUCCAUCAUGCUUUGCACGCACUACAACUCGGCACUCACCACCUCCAUCGUGGGCUGCAUCAAGAAUAUUUUGGUCACCUACGUUGGAAUGGUCGUGGGCGGGGACUACAUUUUCUCCUGGACUAAUUUUAUCGGUUUGAACAUAAGCAUUGCGGGCAGUCUUGUGUACUCCUUUAUCACCUUCACACAAGAGCCAACAAAAAAGGCGUGAAUCUCAAGAGGCCUCCCUUGAAGAAAGGCAUCAAUCUUUCAUCUUUAUUACCAAGUGCCUUAAAUUUAUGAUCAUACUUUUAACGGCUUAUUCCGCGUGUCGUUGUAUUAAGUCUGUAAUGUUGUAUUAUUUUCAUUGAAGCAGGUCCUAACUUUAUCAAAUGGAACCGUUUUUUGUAAUUAUAAUGUUUUUAUAUAGGUGUCAUUUACAAAGCAAAACAUCACACAAAAACAAGAGUAGCCCGGCUCGGUGUGCUAUGAGGCGAAAUGACCUUAAUCUGGAGCGCAGUGAAACCAAACAAUACGAUUCGGAGGCAACUUCACCGAUUAGUGGGACGGUUGGUGCUUAUCGCGCGCAAAUCGACCUGCUGUGGGAGCCUUGCAUGUAGCGAGGCCACCACAACGAUGAGGCAAAAGUGUCGGCUAAAUCUGACAACUUUAGAACCGAAAGGUGAGCCGAAAAUGCUCCGACAUAGACUAUAAAUCAAACGAGAAACAACUGGAAUCUUUUGAAAUGACAUGUAUUUCAGAUUAACAUGGACAACGUGCUUCUGAAGAAAGCAAAGAAAGAACAGAAAAGGAUGAAGACAAUUUGAAAAUGUACCAAUGCAUGUAAGAAAUCGAUACAAAGCUUAGGAAUCACUGACAUUCUGACUAGUAAAAAGAAAACGUUAAGCAAAGCAGCCGAUUGUGAAAAUCCCAAAAUACAGCCAUCUGCUAACGUGUUAAAGGACAUCACUGAUGUCAGCGGCUUGACACAAACAAACCUGCGCUGGUUUAUUAUUUCUCCAAGUGAAAAUGUCAUUCUGCUGCUUCUCAACCACAGAAACG